AGGCGGCUGAACAAGCAGCUUGUGUUUGUGGUGGCAAAGAAAGGAAAUUAUUGGCCAAAACAGGAAAUGUUAGAAACAUAGUUUCCUCAAAAGAAGGAAUCACAAGUGCGGAUGUUCUGUGGUUCUUUUUUUCACUCGUUCCGCUAGUUUCAGCCUUUCUCUUGUGACAAACAUCUGAACUUCUGGGGCGCACAGAGGAGUAGAAACAUUUUAUUUCUGGAUUUAAACAUGGGCCACACGUUGCUCUGUGUGCUGGGCGUAUUGUUUCUCAGUUUUCUCCUCUGCUGUGGAAAGCCUCCAGUUCAUAGGAGAUCUGGAGAUGAGAAUCUGAGGUCAACAGCACCAGAGUCAGUCCUGACUGUGUCUCCAUCGUGGCCGAGUUCUGGAGCCUCAGUGACUCUGAGCUGUGAGGUUAAACCUCCGUCUGCAGGAUGGAGGUUCUACUGGUAUAAAGCUGUUCCCGAUUUAUCAAAGAAAAACUACAGAUAUGAGCUGCUGCCUGAUGCCAUCAAUGGGCCUGCAAAUAACUCCAUCAUCAUUCGUGGACAGAAACUGACAGCAGGAUUUGCAUGUAGAGCUGGAAGAGGAAACCCUGAGAAUUUGACUGAUUACAGUGAACCAAAGUUCGUCUGGUCUGCAGAUUCUCAUCCAGCAGCGUCUCUCACAGUGAGUCCUGAGAGAGAGCAACUUUUUACCAUUGAUGCAAUUAAACUGAAUUGUAAAGGAAGCUCUGCUGACUGGAGAGUGAAGAGGCUUACAAACUUAUACUACCAGUCAGAUCUAUCAGACUGCUCCAUCUGGGGAACAAUGACUGGAUCCUCAUGUACCUUCAUCAGUCCCCAGUACAGUAGAGGAGUGUACUGGUGUGAGUCUGGAUCAGGAGAGUUCAGUAACGCAGUCAACAUCACUGUAAACACAUUAGAGUCCAUCCUGACUGUGUCUCCAUCUUGGCCAAGUCCUGGAGCCUCAGUGAACCUGAGCUGUGAGGUUAAACCUCCAUCUGCAGGAUGGAGGUUCUACUGGUAUAAAGUUGUUCCUGAUUUAUCACAGAAAAACUACAGAUAUGAGCUGCUGCCUGGUAACAUCAGUGGGACUGUAGAGAACUCCUUCAUUGUUACUGGACAGAAACACACAGCAGGAUUUGCAUGUAGAGCUGGAAGAGGAAACUCGGGGAAUUCCACUUAUCGAAGUGAGCCAAAGUUUAUCUGGUCUGCAGAUCCUCAUCCAGCAGCGUCUCUCUCAGUGAGUCCUGACAGAGAGCAACACUUCACCUCUGAGUCUGUGACUCUGAACUGUGGAGGAAACUCUACUGAGUGGAGAGUGAUGAUGGUUAGAGGAUUCAGUUUAUCAUUAUUCCCUGGAGUAUGCUCCAGGGUAUCGAGACCUGGAUUCUCCUGUACCGUCAGCAGCCAACAGUCCGAUAAAGCAGUGUACUGGUGUGAGUCUGGAUCAGGGGAGUUCAGCAACGCCGUCAACAUCACUUUUGCGUAUAGAGGUCUUCUCCUGGUGAGCCCCGUCCAUCCUGUGACUGAAGGAGCUUCUGUUACUCUGAGCUGCAGAAUCAUAGGACUAAACCAACUUUCUAAUGUGACUUUCUAUCAUAAUGACAAACUGAUCCAAAGUGACAGCAGAGCAGAGCUGAAUAUUUCUGCAGUGUCUCAGUCAGAUGAAGGUUUCUACAAGUGUAAAUACUCAGGAAGGGUUUCAACUCAGAGCUGGAUGGCUGUUAAAGCAGCUAAACCUGCAUUAAAACCUGGAAGCUCUUCAUUUCCUGUGAUGUUGGUCGUUGGACCAGUGAUUGGAGUCGUUCUCUUAACUCUCCUGUUGCUGCUGCGUCGGUUCAGACAGACCAAAGGUUCUGGAAGAGUGGAGACUGUCUACCAGGAUGAUCAGCAGCAGCCAUUGUACUCCUCUCUCCUGAAGGGAGAUCUUGGUGUCUACGAAACAAUCAGACAGCCUGGAAACUACGUAAAUGUUUCAGGUCAAGUGCGACCAGAUUAUGCUAAUGUCAGCGCCUGGUCAGAUUCAACCUGAAGAUUUUGUCAAGAGGAAUGAAUCAGCAAAAUCUGGAAGUGAUCAGUGUGAACAUUUUCUAUAAAUCAGACAUGUUUUUUAUAUAAUUGUGUUGACGUUAUAUUCAGAGAAAUUUGGAGCUUUGAUGCGUCUUGAAAAACUGUCCAUGCAUGUGUUUUCUCUUUAAAAGGUUUUGAGGAUUAGAUGUAGAUGAAAUGUAAAAAGAUUUUAGUUUUACACAUUUUUUAGAUUAGCACAAGAUAGAUUAUGUAUAUACUGUAAAUGGUUUAUCAAAACAUCCCGCAUAACUUAUUUUUAUAAUUUUUGGAGCUAGAAUUUUGACGAAUGGCUGCUAUUCAUGUUUCUUCUUGUUGAUAAUUUAUGAGUUAUUUGAAAAAUUUGCUAAAAACACAAGAAUCAAACUAGAACUGCAAGCAGUUAUAAUGGUUUCCUCGCCCAACGAACCAGCUUCCAAAAUUAUGGGCAAUUGAAAUUUGCAGCUACAUACAUACAUAGCGAUGCUUAAUUAGGUAUUAUGUCGUAAUUGGGGAAAAUAAAUCCAAAAUCCGUCGCUAUAACUUUUUUUUUGUUUCUUCUUAGCUUAUAUUAUGCCAAGUUUUAUUGGGCUCCAAGUUAAUCUCAGGGGGUGAGAUUGAUUUUGGUUAAUGCAUUCUUCAUGGCUCUCUGCUGGGAAAAGAAAAAAUCCACCAAACGUUUUUGCACAGUGUUCUGGUAGAACUUUGCCCAUAUCAGUUUUGCUAAAUGGUGCAUGCCAUUUUCGCGUUACAAGGACAAGUGUGCAUUUUCUACCAUAGCGCCACCUACAGGUGAAAAUGCCUGAAUGUGUGCAUCUGAGUAGCGGUGUGAUGUAAUAAGUUGUGCGGGGCAGACUGCAGUAUGAGUUUCAGGGGAGAAGAACAUAUAAUAAGAAUAAUGGAAAAAUGGAGUAAAAACAAGAGAGUUCCCUGCCUUGCUUUGGCCGUCCGCUCGCUCAAAACCCUAAUAAAGAGAUGUUGACUGAA